UCGAACAAAAGUCCAGCCCGCCCUCCAAAUCUUAUACGUAUAUAUACCCUUCACCACCACCACUACCACCACCACCAUGUGCUCCGUUCAAAACACCAAAAGCUCUCACCCAAUCACCAUCUCAACAAUGGCCGUUCCGACUCAGCAGAGUGUGGAUUACCCUUGCUUCAAGCUCGUCAUCGUCGGCGAUGGCGGAACUGGCAAGACUACGUUUGUUAAAAGGCACCUUACCGGAGAGUUUGAGAAGAGAUAUGAGCCCACAAUCGGCGUGGAAGUUCAUCCGCUGGACUUCUUCACGAAUUACGGGAAGAUCAGGUUCAACUGCUGGGACACUGCCGGUCAGGAGAAGUUCGGUGGACUCCGAGACGGUUACUAUAUUCAUGGACAAUGUGCUAUCAUCAUGUUUGAUGUCACUGCUCGUUUGACAUACAAAAAUGUACCAACAUGGCACCGGGACCUCUGCAGGGUCUGUGACAACAUUCCCAUAGUUUUGUGUGGUAACAAGGUCGAUGUCAAAAACAGGCAGGUCAAGGCAAAGCAGGUUACCUUUCACAGGAAGAAAAAUCUUCAGUACUAUGAAAUUUCUGCAAAGAGCAAUUACAACUUUGAGAAACCUUUCUUGUACCUUGCCAGAAAGCUAGCUGGAAAUGUUGAUCUACACUUUGUUGAAUCACCUGCUCUUGCUCCUCCUGAAGUUCUGAUUGACAUGGUUGCACAAGCACAGCAUGAAGCUGAGUUGUACAAAGCAGCUGCACAGCCUCUUCCUGAUGAAGAUGAUGAUUUCAUUGACUAGUGGGGUUUUGUUCCUGAACUUUGCUUGCCUGUUUGCUACACUCAUGGUCUGGCAGUUUUAGGAAAGUUUUUUACUCUGCAAUGUUGCUUCGGUUUAUUAUGUACAUUAGGGCUGGUUGUGGUAGGUUUAAGUUUGUAGUACAUCAGCUUGAAGCCCUGGUUUCUUCGGUCAGGUGGAUGAUGCAGCCUGAUCACCCUCCAAAAUCAGCAACAAUACAAGAAUAUUCAACUUCUGAGGCUAAAA